AUGAGCCCACACAUGGGAAACAUCAAGUUUUGGGGUCAUGAGUCUUCCGAACCUCUGGAGGGACUGUCUGUGUGCUCCCUGGGACUUGUGCUCUUGCUGGAAACCACACAACGCCGGAAGCAGACAGACCGAUUUGCCUGUUUCACGGUGUCCACUUCCGAUGAGUCGAAAGGGAAAAUUUUCCCACUGGCAUGUGCAGUGAUCAAAGUUGACCAACCCAUGAGGAAAGCUGUCCAGGGCACAACUCAGGGCUCCAUAGAACCACAGAAUCUUGGGCGCAACCCUGCUCAAGCACGCAAAUGUGCAUACGAACAGGGUCUCUGUGUGACGUCAGAAAGCACACUUUCGACUUCUUCUCCUUCCAUCGCUGAAGGAAUGAUGGUAUCUGCCAAAAGCACAUACUCGGAAAGAACUCGUUAUUUGAAGACUCUCUCGGAAGAGGUAGCGUCUUUCUGCAACCUGCGGUCCCAGCAGAAAAACCUUGUGAUCCUUGUUCCAGGCAACUUGGAGGAUGACUCACUCUACUUGGGAGAUGAGUGGCAGUGCAACCACUUUUCGAAACUCAUGUCUUCUCGGCCAGAUGCAGCUUUUGCUGAAAUCCAGCGGACUUCUCUCCCUGAGAAGUCACCACUCUCAUGUGAGACCCGUGUCGACCUCUGUGGCGAUUUGUCUCCUGUGGCAAGACAGCUUGCUCCCAGGGAGAAGCUUCCUCUGAGUAGCAGGAGACCUGCUACGGUGGGAGCUGGUCUCCAGAAUAUUGGAAAUACCUGCUACUUGAAUGCUUCCCUGCAGUGCAUGACAUACACACUGCCCCUUGCCAAAUGCAUGCUGUCCUGGGAGCUCUCUCAAACGUGUCAUCGUCACAAGUGCUGCAUGCUCUCUACUAUGCAAGCUCACAUCACACGGGCACUCCAGCAUCCUGGCCAUGUCAUCCAGCCCUCACAGGCAUUGGCUGCUGGCUUCCAUAGAGGCAAGCAGGAAGAUGCCCAUGAAUUUCUCAUGUUCACUGUGGAUGCCAUGAGAAAGGCAUGCCUUCCCGGGGACAAUCAGGUAGAUCAUCACUCCAAGGACACCACCCUUAUCCACCAAAUAUUUGGAGGGUACUAGAGAUCUCAAAUCAAGUGUCUCUACUUCCAUGGCAUUUCAGACACCUUUGAUCCUUACCUGGAUAUCGCCCUGGAUAUCCAGGUAGCUCAGAGUGUCAAGCAAGCUUUGGAACAGUUGGCGAAGCCCGAAGAACUCAAUGGAGAGAAUGCCUAUCAUUGUGGUCUUUGUCUCCAGAAGGCACCUGCCUCCAAGACAUUAACUUUACACACUUCUGCCAAGGUCCUCAUCCUUGUAUUGAAGACAUUCUCUGAUGUCACAGGCAACAAACUUGCCAUGAAUGUGCAAUAUCCUGAGUGCCUUGACAUGCAGCCAUACAUGUCUCAGCAGAACACAGGACCUCUUGUCUAUGUCCUGUAUGCUGUUCUCGUCUUCACCGGGUGGAGUUGUCACAACGGACAUUACUUCUCCUCUGUCACUCAAGAAGGCCAGUGGUAUAAAAUGGAUGAUGCCGAGGUCACUGCCUCUGGUAUCACUUCUCCUUUGAGUCAAGAGGCCUAUGUCCUCUUUUACAUCCAGAAGAAUGAAUUUGGAACACCCAGUUACAGUGUGUCCAUAGGCAGGGAACCAAGAGCUCUUUGUGCUGAAGACAAGUGA